CUUGCUCUGCAGUUUACCGCCGAUCAGCACAGCGGGCUGACAUGUCCUAUACAAACUAAAGUUAAACACUACUGUCAAAAAACUAUCGCGUGUGUUGUGAAUUGAAUUAUAAUAAAACGUGCAACAAAAUGACAGAAAACGGAUGCCGGCGUUACGUUCGUAGAUGAAUUAUAUCAGGGUGUUACAGCUUUUGUGUUGACCGCUAUGUAUAUACCGGGACUAAUUCUGUGCUAUAUAUAAAUAUUGUGCCAAACCUUCAGCUGGAAGCUAAUAUUCGUCAUAACUUUAAUGUAUAAACUAAUCCUUGUGUGAUUGUGUUGUGAUAUGGAGAUCCAUGUGUCUAGGAUCUAACAGGCUGUAAAUAAAACUAAUCACCACGGCUUCUUUAAAAGGAAAAUAUAAAUUAAGAAACCCAACAAAAAUGCCGAAAGGCGACGCCGAUAUGUCGCUGAAGCAAGGCAGCGGCACCGGCAAAGUCCACUUCGGUGGUUUGGACGAUGUGUCGUUGUACGGCACGCCAGUGGAGCCCGCGCCACCCGCACCCGACGCCAAGCAAGGAUUCCUGCGAAACCAACUCCAAGCCCUCUUCCAGCCCACAGACAACAAGCUAGCCAUGAAACUCUUCGGAUCCAAGAAGGCACUCAUGAAGGAGCGCAUCAGACAGAAAGCGGCCGGUCACUGGGUUAUACAUCCGUGUAGUAGUUUUAGGUUCUACUGGGAUUUAUGUAUGCUUCUGCUGCUGGUGGCGAAUCUGAUCAUCCUACCAGUGGCCAUCUCAUUCUUCAACGACGACCUCAGCACACGAUGGAUAGCCUUCAACUGUCUCUCGGACACGAUAUUUCUCAUAGACAUCGUUGUUAAUUUUAGAACAGGAAUAAUGCAGCAAGAUAACGCAGAACAAGUGAUAUUAGACCCAAAGUUAAUAGCCAAGCACUAUUUGAGGACGUGGUUCUUUCUGGACCUCAUUUCUAGUAUACCACUAGACUAUAUAUUCCUUAUCUUCAACCAGGUAAACGAUUUUAGUGAAAGUUUUCAAAUUCUCCACGCCGGCCGCGCCUUAAGGAUACUGCGGUUAGCAAAACUUUUAUCUCUGGUGCGACUGCUGCGACUCUCCAGGCUCGUUCGAUAUGUAUCACAAUGGGAGGAAGUAUAUAUCUUGCAGAAUCUUCAAAAAAAGCGCACGGAACGCAGGGGACGUCUCAGCUCGGACGUUGCAAAAAAGAAGGGUGACACCAAAAGCAAUCUGAUCUUUAAGUUCCUUAAUAUGGCAUCGGUCUUCAUGCGGAUAUUCAAUUUGAUCUGCAUGAUGCUGCUGAUCGGUCACUGGUCGGGAUGCCUUCAGUUUCUUGUUCCUAUGCUGCAAGGAUUUCCACCAAAUUCCUGGGUUGCAAUCAAUGAGUUACAAGAGGCUUUCUGGUUGGAGCAAUACUCUUGGGCGUUAUUCAAGGCUAUGUCUCACAUGCUUUGCAUCGGGUAUGGUCGUUUUCCACCUCAGUCUCUCACUGACAUGUGGCUGACCAUGUUGUCCAUGAUCUCCGGGGCCACGUGCUACGCCCUCUUCCUCGGUCACGCCACCAAUCUCAUCCAGAGUCUUGACUCCUCCCGAAGGCAAUAUCGUGAAAAGGUUAAACAAGUUGAAGAAUAUAUGGCGUACAGAAAGCUACCCCGUGAGAUGCGACAGCGCAUCACUGAAUACUUUGAACAUCGCUACCAGGGGAAAUUCUUCGACGAGGAAUUGAUUUUGGGCGAACUAAGCGAGAAACUGCGGGAAGACGUCAUCAAUUACAACUGCCGGUCGCUGGUCGCCUCUGUUCCAUUCUUUGCUAAUGCCGAUUCGAAUUUUGUUUCGGAUGUUGUCACUAAAUUGCGAUAUGAAGUCUUCCAGCCAGGUGACAUCAUCAUUAAAGAAGGUACCAUCGGAAAUAAAAUGUACUUUAUUCAAGAGGGUAUCGUGGACAUUGUUAUGGCCAAUGGAGAAGUGGCGACCAGUUUAUCGGACGGGUCCUACUUUGGUGAAAUUUGCCUCCUGACCAAUGCCCGGCGAGUUGCUUCCGUCCGCGCCGAAACCUACUGUAAUCUGUUCUCAUUGUCCGUCGACCACUUCAACGCCGUGCUCGACCAGUACCCUCUGAUGCGACGCACGAUGGAGAGCGUCGCCGCCGAGCGAUUGAAUAAGAUCGGGAAGAACCCUAACCUGGUGGCGCACCGGGAAGACGACACCACCUCGGAGGGGAACACCAUCAACGCGGUGGUGAACGCGCUGGCCGCGGAGGCUGAACACGUCAGCCUCUCGGACGACAGCGUGGCGCGGCUGUCGGAGCGCUCGCUAGGGUUGGCGUUGCAGCCUCUGCAAGCUGCGUCGUGCCGCAUGGCCGGCGUGGCGCUGCCCGGACUGGGCGUGGCGGCCCUACCGCGCCCCAAGUCCGAGCACGACUUCAGCUCGGCGCAGACGCAGGUGCCGCCGCUGUCUUCAGCCGCCGCCUUCCACAAGUCGGACGCCGGCAUCGCCCCCUGACGCCGCACGCUGUGCUAGACCGAUAGCAAUACUAGGCUUAGUGCGAGCGCGCGCGUCGCUCGCUAGUUGUAGCGUAGAGACGACUAUAAUAGCUGCGACUUCGCCGGGCGCGCGCCCACCGCGCCCGUUGAAUCUCAUUUUGUGAUCUUAUACUUAAUUCUCCUGUGUUAUAAUUUAGGUUAAAUUUUAUAUCAUCGACGCCGUAAGGAACGAAUACGCUACGUAUUCGGAAUGUAUAGUUAUACCUGUUAUAUAUUGAAGAAUGAUACUAUUGAGUCUUUGAAUAGUGAACCUUGCCAUUAAAGAGAAAGUAAUUAUAUAGACUAGACUGAAAUGUAAAAUAUCACUAUUUUAUGCUCUGUUGGCGUACGAAAUAGAACUAUGUUGUUGAAGGAUGCGAAGUACCCGCUGGAGUAGGUACGUGAUGACGUUGACGAUCGAUGACGUUCCCAAUAGUGACUAAAACAAAGAUAUUAUAUAUUGAAUUGUUAAUAAUUAUAAAAUAAUUAAAUACAAUUUUGAAGCGUAGAAAAGUUUAGAUAUUUGCGGGACUGCGCGUUACUCCUCGGACGCGUAAGUUAUAUGCGAAUGGUAUGCACGUGCCAUACAGCGUCUCAAAGCGAAUUAGUAGAAUUGAAGAAGUACGGAAGGGUUUGAUGGAGGAGUUGGGGGGCGGUGAAGAGGGGUUGAGGGGAGGGGGAAAUGCGCCGAGGAAGGCCGAAGCGCGCAGGUCGCGUUCACCGCACACGCGACGCACAAAUAACAGACAAACCUCACGUUUCCAUAGCACACGGACGCUUUUUAUUUAUACAUGUAGUCAAGCUACCGACGUCGAAUAUUUAUCCGGUUAACUAGAUAGUGGUGGAUCAUUAGCGCUUCGAAUCAUUUCUUUAUGUAAAUAUUGUAAUAUUGAGGAUUCGCCUUUUAGAGUUUGUUUAAUAGAAGUGAUAGGGGGCGCUCGAUCGAGCGGUCCAGUCAAUUAUUAUAAAGAUAAAGUGAGCUAGAACAGCGACGUUCGGACUCGCGAUGCACGAUAACACUUCGUACCUUGUUUUAAUUGUAGGUGAAAAUAAUUUAUUGUCGAUAUUGAUCAUAUUUUAGUAGGAGUAAGUAGGCGGGGGCGACAAAAAUAAUACGGACGAAUUACGUUUUGUGAUAGAGCAGCUGUGGGCUGCGAGGCCUUGCCGCCGGCUCGGCGAAUGCGAUACUCGACGCAUUACGACGCUAUAGUUGUAGUCAUGCAUGAACAACGCUUAAUAUUUCUUAUUCAGUCUUGUGUUAUACUAUUUUUAUUAUACUGCAGUUGUGAUAGUGAUUUUGCAAUGCAACAGCUUUUCGAAGUUAAUAAAUUUCUUAGCAAUAAAUAGUUGAUCGCAACGAGUAACAUAUCCUACAGUUAGAGUAGAGUAGUCGUUGAGCCGACCGCCGCCGGCGUCUCAUCCAGGCACGUUUCAUCGUUGACUAAUUCUUAUAGUGUCAUGACAAUUUGUAAAAUAAUUUUGCAAAAUGUUGACUUUUAGCCAAAAUAUAGGUAAUGAAUGACGAACCAAUAUGCAGUAGCUUACUUGUAGAUGGAUGCAGCAUAGUUUUCUGUUUGGCGAUUAACACCAAUAGACACUUUGUACUCGUAAGAUAUUUAUACAAUUGACCUUAACAGAGUGACAUCUGUCAAUUUAUCUACAAAGAAAAAUAUAUAAUUGCGUUUUAUUCCCCAGAGGCAUUUAUUUAUUGUUGUUUUAUCUAAGAUUUCCGCUUUUGUAAAUUAUAUAAAUUUUAUAGAAGAGAUCUAUUUUUAUUGUGAAGUUGAACUGCUGAGUAUAAGCAAAUAACCUAUAUUAAAUCAAGAGUUUUUUUUAUUGGAACUGUUAAUUAAUAUAUAGUUAUAUUAUACUGAUUUCUGGUAUCUAUUUUCACCAAAAGUGCUCAUCGCUGUCAAAAAAUUAGAGGAAAUGCAUUAAAGAAUGAUGAAAAACA